UUCAAACCGGAAGAAGACGAUGACGAAGAUAUUGAAGACGAGGAAGAGGAUGAUGAUGAGGAGGAAGACGAUGAGGAGGAUGAUGGCAUGCGUCGUCGUGGGAAGAAAUCAAAGAAAAGAAAAAAGCGAAGAACUGGUGUACAUCAGUUCAUUCUGGAUGAUGUGGAAGUUGAUGAGGAGGAGGAGGAGGAAGAUGGCUAUGAAGAUGAUGGUGAUGAGAUGGGCAUUGAUCCGAGAGAAAGAGAAGAAGCGGAGCGGAUGAUGAAGGAGCAAGAUGAAAGGAAUCGUAGAGGAAGACGACGAGACCUUUUCAAGUUUUUAUUACUUUUGAAUUCAUUCAUUGUCAUUUCGAAGCUUUAG